CAAAAAACAGUGAGCAGAAGAUCCGAGGAUUCUGAUUGGUCAGAAUUGCUGUCACAACGACACGAACAAUUAGGGUGCUAGAAUAAAUUGCUCCCUCCAUCAAAUUUUUAAGGAGCAACAAAAUUAUUCUGCCCGUGAGCCCACGCACGAAAACCGUGCGACAAUAGUUUUGACCAUGGUGAGCCUUGAUGGGACCGGAAGUUCCGACGAUGGCGACUUCGCCUUAAAUCAACCAGGAUUCGAGUCAUCGGCUCGUUUUCCAUUACACGAUUGUUGCGAGUUCGAAGAUGCAGAUGUUCUGAAAGUAAGUAGGAUUGAUGUCCUUUUAAGCAUACUGCUCUUUCAUUAACUUGAUGGACUCCACGUACCGUUUCAACUCCCUCCCCUGUCCAUUGCUCGUCGACAUUUUGGGUUUGAUGCGCAAUUUUUAAAACGCGCGCGAAUACGGCAGUCGUGAUGUGAUCUCACCUAGUUUUAUCUUAAUUUUUCAAAAAUUCAUUUUGUUUGAAGAAUUUGAUUUUCGUUCCUGUUGAAGGGGACGACGAUUCUGACAGUGAAAGCGAAGGAGGGGACUACGAUGAUGGGAAGGGACACAAUACAGGCGAUGAGGAGGAAGAAGACGAUGAUUCGGUGCUAGAUAAUGCAUCUGCGAGUUCGUCGUCGUCGGACGAAAAUGAUUCUUCAGCAGCAGCUCAUGCAGCGGCCAUUGGACACUCUCCGCAGCCCAUUCUUCACGGCAAGAUCUCGAAAGAGGCUCCGUCGUCAACAGAGGAAGAAAAGAAGAACAGCGAAAAAUCGUCGCCUGCAAAUGGAUUAAACGAACCACCAGAAAACGAAACUCGAGGUGACAAAACUUCAAAAUCAGAAAAUCAAGACAAGAGUACCACCCACGAGGAGGGGAACGGAGAAACAGCAGCAGACGAUCCAAAGAAUUCUAGUGUCGGAACAGCCUCUGAUGAAAAUUUGGGCGAUGAUGACGAUGAUGGCAUGGAUGUCGAAAACGACGAGACGGGUACGACAAAUACUGCAACCGAAGGAGACGUCGAAAAGAAACCACAGGAGGCUGACUACAACCAUCACAAGCAGAGCAAACCCGUGAAAAAAAGGCGAUACUAUUGCCCUCACAACUUGAACGAACGCGAUGAGGAUGAGAAUACUCCAAUUCAUGUGGCAAUUCAUUGCCAGAAACUUGAGCACGUCAAAUUGUUGUGCAAAGCAGGCGCUUCACUAAUUAAAAAAAGUGACGGUAGUCCACCAAUUCACGUUGCUAUCAGUAUGGGAGCCAUACCUAAACAUAGAGAGUUUGCCAUUGAAUGCGUUCGAGUGCUGUACAAGCACGAGGCAGAUUUAGCCGCAAAAGAUGAUGCUUUGCAUACACCACUAUCUCUGGCUUGCAUGUACAAUCUCCCAGAAAUCGUCUCUUUCAUCUUGUCUACUGACGUCGGAUCAUCCACAAUCAACGCAAGGGCCGAUCGCUCUCAAGGGCGAGCCUUACAUAUGGCUGCGAAGUUUGAUACCGUGAUAGCGAACGCGAAGAGGACGGCCGUCGCUACGAAAGGUCAUGCACGUGUAGCCCAUGUGCACCACCCGGAUGGAUCUGUAGUGAAUGCCAUGCACCAAAUCCCUGGGUUCCCAGGGAAACAAGCAGACAGAAGCACAGACGUUACUAGCUCGAUACAGAAUCCAACCCAGGAAACAGUAACGGAAAUUCUUCUGAAUACUCCUGACAUAGAGACGGAUGCGCAAAACUCGGUAGGACAAACUCCAUUGCACGUAGCAUGCGCAAGAGGCAACUGGAAUGUCGUUCGUCUCUUGCUAAAAAAAGGGGCAAGCACUGCAAUUGCUGACCGCCGAGGAUUCACGCCAGGUCAACACGCCCACAAGCGUGGGAUGCCGAUACCGAAUGAUUUGUUGAAAACACUUGGCGGGCCUCCGUCAUCGGGGAUUAUUCCUCCUCCUCGGGACUUGAUCGUAGAUCCAGAUAACAACACUAUCGUGAUCACACAUGAAUUGUGUGGGCUUCACCGCACGUGCCCACCAAUCCGUCGCGGUUCCAACGACGAGCCACCACCUGAGAACGUCCGUCGGCUGAAGGUGCUAGUGGACAAAGAAACGGGGAUUCUUAGGACAGGGGAGUUCGGAAGAUGUAAAUGGGAAAACGAAGGCAGGCGAGCCGCGCUCGUAGAUGUAUUGAAGGUACGUUCGUGAAUAGUGCCUUCGGAUUUUAUGUUUCUGUUAUGAAGUUGGGCUCCUAAUGAUUCCUUACCAUUUUUCAACGAAAAUUCUUUCUUUUUAGUGUCACGAAUAUAGUUAUGUUGAAUCAAUAAGUCAGAUGUGCUCAUCCAUACCGGAUCAUCCCUCGGCAGUUGCCAAUCUCGACGCUGACACAACUAUGUCUCGUUGGAGUUUUGAAGCAGCCUUGCGUGCUGCUGGUAGUGUCUGUGAGGCAGUUGAUAAAGUUGUAUCCGGCGAUCAUCAGAAUGCUUUCUGUGUAGUGAGGCCUCCAGGACAUCAUGCAGGACCAAGGGGUAUUGUCCGUUGUGACAACGAUCCAGAUGGCGGAUCGCACGGUUUCUGUUUCUUAAAUAAUGUUGCGAUCGGUGCUGCCUAUGCAAGGUCUAUGUAUAGGAAUGAAGGGAUUCAAAAAAUUGCUAUUGUUGACUUCGAUGUCCAUCAUGGGAACGGUACAGAAGAGAUAGUACGACAAUUAGUGCCGACUGUGGAAAAAGCAGCCAUUCGAACACCUUUUGCUGUAGGAGAAUUGGCAACACAGCGGUAUAGGCCAUGGCUGGACGAAACAGACAUACAAAAUGUCUUUUUUGCAUCGACCCAUGGGUAUGGAGCAAGAGGUCUAGAAUUUGAAAAUACUCCAUCAUGCGGGUGGUUCUAUCCGGCAUCUGGCAAAUCUGGGAUUUCAGAUGCAAUAAAUAACCCUACCGUAGUGGAAAGUCCGAACUUGACGGACUUUUUGUUGAGUCAGACCUGGACCCGAAUGGGAGAUGACGCGAAAGGUAACUGCUGUAAGAUUAUAAAUUGCGGCCUAAGUCUCCCAUCGCGGGAUGCGAUUCCCGGAAUGCAACGGCUCGAGGUCCGUGAUACUUAUCGCAAAAAAAUUCUGCCUCUGUUGCGAGAAUUUGACCCAGAUAUCAUCUUUAUUAGCGCCGGAUUCGACGCGCAUAAAAAAGACAGUAUGAAUUUCGGUUACGUCGGUAUGGUUGAGGAUGAUUACGAAUGGGUGACGGAGCAACUCGUCAAGCUUGCCAACACUUGUUGCAACGGACGGAUAGUUAGUGUAUUGGAAGGAGGUUAUAAGAUUCAUGGUGGAAUUGUAAGCCCCUUCGCCCGUUCAGUCGCAUCGCACGUUCGUGCUUUGGUGGAUGGAGGUUUAUCGCGUGAAUUAUAUGAUCUGCAGGAUGGGGAAUGGGAAUCUCAAUUUGAAAGACAUUUGAUCGACGAACGAGAACGAAAACGUCAGCAGAAAUUGGAGAAAAUGAGAAUGCUCGAAGCUCAAUCACGUCGAGCGUUGUACGGCGACGAUAAUGGAGUUGACGGCAACGGCGACGAUACUCACGGGCGGAAACGAAAACGAAAUUCUGUGGAUUAUAGGCAGCUUUACGAGCAGAUGAAGAAGGAGGGGUUUGCUGCAUGAUGGUGUCAUUGCGCAGUUAUGCAGAAGAGAUUACCACUGAGACAACAGUAUAUAAUUUGCUAGUCAUUUACCGUAUCAGUCUUUACAUUGAGAACGUACCAGUCUUGGCAAGUUGCUUUGUUGGCUAAUGUAUUCGAGGUACUCAGGGACGGUUCAGUUCAUCUUUGAGCGAUUCAACUCGAUUUCAUUAGUGCAAGCGCCGUUAAAACAUACCUCUCCAUGCAUCAAGAUGGUUUUUCUAGUGACACUUUCAAUAGCUAACAGCUUGAUUAGAGUCACCAAAUUUCCUCAAUCAAAUACUAUUCUAAUCAGUACUACCCAGUUCCUUAUGACUCCCAAAAUCAAGGGGACAUAACAUGAAUCACAUCGAUUUCAUUUUCCGUGGCAACAUGCCGCGGGUGCAAAAACAUGGACGUGUGGAACUUAUUUUUUAAUGGCUGACCCGUAUAACAUUUGGCUAUUCUUCGAAGUAUUUCGAUCAACCUUCUACCGCACGUUUGCAGUUAGACGAAAUAAUAGCAUCGAUGAUCCAAUCAUGCACAUAAUCAGUGCUUAUCACGUUACAAGAAUGACUGUGCACUUCCGAUUGAAUUAGUGAGAGAAUAAAUGGAUGGCACAACUCUGCCAAAUCUCGUAGGCCAGAAGUAAGAAAAUGCUUGACGACAAACGCUUGAGAAGGAGUUACUUCAGAUUUGAUCCAAAAGAAACCGUCACAUCUUUUCCCCUUCUCUCGGAAGCGGUCGUAUAAUAUUCUUUUCAAAUCAACGGGGUCGGUAACGUUGGGCCAACAAUAUGAGAGGGAUGACGAAGGCCAUCCGAUUGACAUUCCCUCGCUGAUCAAGGCUACGUUUUUCCGAUGUCGCGAGGUUAUGUCCCCUAAGCAUUCCGAUUUCGCCAUACAAAAUGGUAUCAGUGAAUUUCCUAAAGAUUUUUGAAAGGCAAGUUCACAUGCUUGCCAACUUAGUGGCAUUUUCCAUGCACGAACGGCAAAAACAACCACGACCUCCGUUGGAUUUUCCAAAAGAAAUCUUGCAAUUUCAUGAAGGCAAACUUCCAAAGGAACGCAUAGAAACGAAUGUGAUGUCCAAAUGAGACCUUCUGAUUCCGUCAAACGUAGGUCGAGAAAGCGGAUUCCGUAACAUAAUU